AUGCAAUUCACCACCACUUCUGUCAUCACUCUCCUCGCAUUUGCAUCCUCUGCAACUGCAUCUCCUCUUGCAGCCCGUCAGAAUGCACUACAAGAUUGGCAGGUAACAGACCUCGCAGUUUCCGUGCCUAUGGGACGCCCAGGAAGCUACCCUUGGGGUACCCUUAAGGCGAAUAUAACCGACCCGAAUGCGAUCAACCUUGGUACUUCGAGCGAUGGCAGCCAAAUUAUAGUGCCUGCUGGAAGCAAGGGGGUGAAUUGCGAAGCCAAAUGGUAUAUCCAUGGUGAUUCCCCCAUCGGCCGCGCAUGGCCUUGCGAUUCAACCUCAAACGGUUACUGGUUUAUGCAUGUGUAUGAAGGCACAAGUGGCUUCUCAUCCAGCAAUUUCGACCUCAAAUUUACGCGUGUCGCGGAGAAGAUAUAUCUGGAUACUCAGUACAAGGCGACCUUUGAGGCGAAGGGGCAUUUCGAUAGCAAAGGAAGUCUUGGUGGUGUCUGCAGUGCGGGCGAGUGUAAUUGGGGGCUUCUACAGUCGAAGAAGCCUUUCAAGAUUACACCUUCGAAGGCCUGAGUGGGAGUGAAGGGUGCUCGGCAAUGUGAUGAGCUUAACAUGGUUGUGCCGAGGUCGGGUCGUGGAUGGUACCGAAUAUCCCUAAUGAUUGUGUUUGCUAGAGCGUAGAACCAUAAUGUUUAGUAUUAGAAGUACAACAAUGCAUGGCGGCGGAGCGUAGAUAGUCCUUGUUCAAGAUGCGAGUUGAGUAAUAUAGAUCUUA